GCCUGCAGCGACACGCAGAGCAGUUUGAAGGUGCUGGCACUGCCGCAACGCGGCACCGCUGACCACGCGGGACUCGUCUCCGGCGUCACGCACGCCACCGCUGCAAGUACAAGACAGCAGGACUCGUUGCGUCGCACGCAUACCGAGACAGCAAUGCGAGCACUACUGCUGCUUCUCGCCGCGGGCAGCGCCGCAGGCUGGCAGCGCAGCAACAACGCCGCCGGCAUGCCGCAGCAGCAACACGCAAGGUCAUCAAGACGCCUCGCGCCGCGACGUGCCCUGAAGGACACCUUCGAGGCGCGCAUGAUGUCGCUGCCCGGCAAGGACGAGCUACGACGAGCGCUGUCGGCGGACGGCUUCGUGAGCGCGAAGGCCGUCGACGUCACGAGAGCGGUGCGCGAGAUCUGUCAGCUGCAGGACUGCCUGCCGUUGGCAGCUACUGCCUUGGGGCGGGCCGUCGCGUCGACGACGCUGGUGGCUGACGGCUUGGAGGCCGAGGAGACGUUUCAAGUGCGUUUUGCCGGCGACGGACCCUUGCGGGGCGUGUUCAGCGUCUCGAACGGCGCCUUGGAGUCGAGGGCGUACGUGGGCAAUCCUAGAGUUGAUCUCUCCCCACAAGGCGUCGCUGCGGGCGUGGGUCGAGGCGAAUUGCAGGUCGUCCGACUAAAAAACUUGCCCGGCGAGACGCAAGCGACGACCUACUCGUCUGUCGUAGAAAUAAAAACGGGCGAAAUCGCCGAGGACAUCAACCACUACGUGGCGACGUCCGAACAGCGGGAAGGUGCCCUCUCGGCCGGUGUGUCUCUCGACGAGAACGGUGCCGUCGACGCGUGUGCGGGCUGGCGCGUGGAGCUGCUGCCGGGCGCGCCGCAGGACGUCGCCGACCAUUUGAUCGAGAACAUCAAGAAGGCUGCCACGACGUCGUCUACGUCGCUGUUGAAGGAGGGCAACACGUGCGAGGCGAUCUUGAGGGUUUUGUUAGAUGGCAUGGACGCUGAUUAUGCGUUCGACGUGCGGAGACCGCAGUUCAAGUGCACGUGCGACAUUUCUCGCGUGUAUCGCACAUUAGCCUUGUUGCCGCGGCACGAGGUCGACGAGAUUCUAGACUCGAACGAGAAAAUAGAAGCGAAGUGCGAGUUCUGCGCUAGGACCUACUCGCUCGGGCCGGAGGAGAUCCGGGCGAAGCUCGACGCGGGCGUGGCGACGGACUAAGUAUGUGAU